GCCCAGACUGCGACAAUACGGUAAUCGUGCCAGGCCGUGCAAGUCGACGCAAUAAACUCUGCAAUAAACAUGAUGUCUACACAGAAGCAGCACGUUUCUGGCGCUCGCCCGCAGCUGGCGUCGCGUACUCGUGUGAUGAAGGUCAACGCGCUAUUCCGUAGCAAGACUGUGGUCGUGGAGGAGAAGCCUGUGACGACCAAAGGCGCGAAGGGCAAGGCUAAGGCGCCCGAGCCCGAGCCAAAGCGCAAGCAGCCCAGCGGCCUGAGCCAGGCACUGAACGCUUUUGACUUCACCUCCACACGCUCCGCCAAGGACGCUGACCUGCUAUACGAGGCCAAGUACGGCAACCGCGGGGAGGACGGCAAGAUGACGCCCGAGCAGUACCAGGCUCUGCGGCGGAAAGUGAUCGGCACUGCCAAGGACUACUGGAAGGACUGGGUGGAGGAGGAGCAGGUCAAGACCGUCAAGACAUACUACAAGCCCGAGGACGCCGGCGGCACUGUGCCGUACCUGCCGCUGCUGGUGGGUGUGGUUGUGCUGAUGCUGGCGACCACCGUGUACGUGGUGGCGCAGACCUCGUAGGGCAGCCGCACCCCAGCCUAGCUAGCGUAGGAGGAUGACAUCAAUCAAAGUUCCUUCUUUUAAAGAAGUGCGAAGGAUGCGGCGCGUUGAUUAUGAGUCGUCUCGUACGAAGAAAUGGGAGUGGAGAUAUGAAAAGAGAAGCGGAGCGGAUUGAACUGUCGAGAGAUGGAGAGCGCUCGUGUAUGCAUAUGGGAGUGUGCCUGCGGGUUGCAGCCAGAGUCUUUCUUUGAGUGUUGUUGUCUUGUUACUGUUGUUUAUUUGGUUUGGCUGCCCGGGCGCUGCCUCAUGCGUGGUUCGUUUCGUGCAUUUGGUUUUUUUGGAGACAUGAGACUUGCAGACCUUGUGCGCGAUGCGGUGCUGUGUGUAUGUGCCUGGUGUUGUGUUGGAGCCCAUUUCCUGUGUGGGCAUUCGUUCAGCACAUGUGCAGGAAGCGCGAACUCAACAGGAACGGUGUCAGAGAAAACUGUGAGCAGGGAAGUGGCGGCGUGAGAGUAGUUGGUGGGGUUUACAGAUGUCGAGAGAUCAUUGGUGUACUGCUCCUCGGCUCGAAUAGCCGAGCGAGACAAUGCCUGCUACAGAAUCAUGGAAGGUAAAGGCAUGGGCGGGCUGUCGUCUGUGCCACUGGCACGAAGCCAGCACCUUGUAACCUAAUACCUCCUGCAUAAGGAGUCGCUG